GAGAGAGCAGCAGUUAGAGCGGGCUUCAGUCACUCAGUCAGUUUGUCGGUAUGUAGCAGCGGCGGAGCUUCACACUGGGAUUACAAAGAGUGGAAAAACGCUCCACGGACACGGAACACCAGCAGCGGGAUUAAAAACCGAGCCACCCGAGGAUGAGACACACGCCGCGCGCUUGAAGGAGGACCACAAACGCGCCGCUUCCCCGCUCAUUUAGCACCGUUUUUCCACGAAAAUGGCGAACGAGUCUCCGGCGAAAAGUCUCGGGGAGAUAGACCUAGCAUCCCUGCGGGAUCCUGCGGGGAUUUUCGAGUUAGUGGAAGUGGUCGGAAAUGGAACCUAUGGACAAGUGUACAAGGGUCGACAUGUCAAGACGGGACAGUUGGCGGCCAUCAAGGUCAUGGAUGUCACAGAGGAUGAAGAGGAGGAAAUCAAGCUGGAAAUCAACAUGCUGAAGAAAUACUCUCACCACAGAAACAUAGCCACAUACUAUGGAGCCUUCAUCAAAAAGAGUCCACCGGGCCACGACGACCAGCUGUGGCUGGUGAUGGAGUUCUGUGGUGCCGGUUCCAUCACAGAUCUGGUGAAGAACACCAAAGGGAACACGCUGAAGGAAGACUGGAUCGCCUACAUCUCCAGAGAAAUCCUCCGAGGAUUAGCUCACCUUCAUGCUCAUCACGUCAUCCAUCGUGACAUUAAAGGACAGAACGUGCUGCUGACUGAAAACGCUGAGGUCAAACUCGUGGACUUUGGCGUGAGCGCUCAGCUCGACCGGACAGUCGGUCGCAGGAACACCUUCAUCGGGACGCCAUAUUGGAUGGCUCCAGAGGUCAUCGCCUGUGACGAAAACCCUGACGCGACCUACGACUACAGGAGUGAUCUGUGGUCCUGUGGAAUCACUGCUAUAGAAAUGGCUGAAGGAGCUCCUCCUCUGUGUGACAUGCAUCCAAUGAGAGCUCUCUUCCUCAUCCCCAGAAACCCUCCUCCACGACUCAAGUCCAAAAAAUGGUCAAAGAAGUUCUUCAGCUUCAUCGAGGGCUGCCUGGUGAAGAACUACACACAGCGUCCUCCCACCGAGCAGCUGCUCAAACACCCGUUCAUCCGAGACCAGCCCAAUGAGAGGCAGGUCCGCAUCCAGCUCAAAGACCACAUCGACCGCACCAAGAAGAAGAGGGGGGAGAAGGAUGAGACAGAGUAUGAAUACAGUGGCAGUGAAGAAGAGGAGGAGGAGGCAUCGGAGCAGGAAGGAGAACCAAGCUCCAUCGUUAACGUCCCCGGGGAGUCCACGCUGCGCCGCGACUUCAUCCGACUGCAGCAGGAGAACAAGGAGCGCUCGGAGGCGCUGCGGCGCCAGCAGCUCCUGCAGGAGCAGCAGCUCCGUGAGCAGGAGGAGUACAAGCGCCAACUACUGGCCGAGAGGCAGAAACGUAUCGAGCAGCAGAAGGAGCAGAGGAGGCGACUGGAGGAGCAACAACGGCGUGAGCGUGAGAUGAGGAGGCAGCAGGAGCGCGAGCAGCGCCGACGUGAGCAGGAGGAGAAGAGACGCGUGGAGGAGAUGGAGCGGCGCCGCAAAGAGGAGGAGGAGCGAAGGAGGGCGGAGGAGGAGAAGAGGAGGGCCGACCGAGAACAGGAGUACAUCCGUCGUCAGUUGGAGGAGGAGCAGAGACACCUGGAGAUCCUGCAGCAGCAGCUGCUGCAUGAACAGGCCAUGCUGCUGGAGUACAAAUGGCGGGAGCUGGAGGAGCAGCGUCAGGCACAGAAGCUGCAGAGGCAGCUGCAGCAGGAGCAGGCCUACCUGUUGUCCCUGCAGCACAACCAGAACCUGGACGGUAGCAAAACAGCCAAACCCCCACAGAACCCCGAACUGGAUUCACGAGUAAAUCCACCACAGACUCCUGGUCUGGACACAAAAACAACAAUGACAGCGACAAAAGACUCUGAGAAGACACUGUCCAGUGAGAGAAGUGCACACGCUACCACCCUACCUGUCGCUGACCGCCAAGGCCCCGCCCCCCAAGGCUCCGCCCCCGACUCUGAGCCCGUCAGAGAGGCGGACGAGCGGUACCGUAAGAACAUCCAGGGCUCCCCUCAGGCGGCUCAGACCAAACCGCAGCAGCCGCCGGUGCCGCCACGCUCCGAGUCUUCCUACCCCAACGGGAACCCGGCGUCUGAGGCGCCGGCCAUGCACCGUCCUGCAGAUCCACAGGUCCGCCCCCAUGUAGCCGCUCUAAAGAGCAGCGGCGGCAGCGGUGGCAUGGCGUCGCACUCGCCGCCCGUCGUGUUGCGGUCGCACUCCUUCACUGAGCCCCAAGUCGCCCCUAGCUUUGAAAAUCAACACCUCCGCAACGGCCAGGAAAAGCACUAUCACCAUUCAGCUUCAUCACCAUCCUUCUUCUCCUCCUCACCAUCAUCAUCAUCAUCAUCAUCAUCAGUGUCUGCACGCACUGAGCCACAACCCCAGGCGAGACCCUCAUCCCACGAAAAGGCUCCUUCAGCGGAGGUCCCACCCAGGGUUCCUGUCAGGACUACGUCAAGGUCCCCCGUGUUGCCGAGGCGUGAUUCGCCUCAUCACCACGGCAACACGCCACAGAGCGGCCAUGCUGUUCAUCGCAGCGCCCCCAGUGCGGCAGAGCCGCGGCUGCUGUGGGAGCGCGUGGAGAAACUGGUUCCCCGAGCGGCCAGUCACAGCGGCAGCGGAGGCUCCAGUUCCUCCAGCAGCUCCAGUAACUCCAGCUCUCAGGCCGGCUCCCACUGCGGCUCUGGAGAGCGGUUCAGGGCUCGCUCGUCCUCCAAAUCGGAGGGCUCGCCCCUCCAGCGGAAAGAGAACGCUGGGAAAAAAUCAGAAGAAAAGAGGGACGCGGUCAGGCCGGGCAAACCAGCGGACUUGACGGCUCUGGCGAAGGAGCUGCGCGCAGUGGACGACGUUCGCCCGCAGAACAAAGUGACGGAUUAUUCGUCCUCCAGUGAAGACUCUGACACCACGGAUGAAGACGACGAUGAGGAGGUCGACCAGGAGGCAGGGGAAGAGUCCACUUCUGGUCCGGAGGACACCAAAGCUGUCUCGUCCAGGCUGAGCAACGGAGAGACCGAGUCGGUGAAAACCAUGAUCGUUCACGAUGAAGGCGAGAGUGACGCGGGCUCCACGCCCUGUAAAGACAGCACUCUGAUCGUCAGACAGAAUAGCCGCUGUAGUUUUCCCUUUGCUCUAGCUAACACCUUCCCGUCCCCCGAGCUCAUCAGAAACACACCUAGACCCAAAGUCGUCUACCCCUCUUUCUACUUCCAGAGUGCAGGUGAUAACAGAAAGCGUCCGGGCCCCGGUCCUGGUCCUGGUCCUGGUCCUGGCCCGGGACAAACACAGACCACUGGUCUGCUUAUAGGUUUUGCCCCGAGCCCCAGCUCGGGGUCGAGCCCGGCUCUCGGCCACCACACCCCCAGCCCCCACCAUCAUCAUCAUCACCACCACCACCAACACAACCCCACACAGCACGCGGACAGGAACGGCUUUGCCGGCCGCGUCCACCACCACCACCACCUCCCAGACCUGAUCCAGCAGAGCCACCAUUCCACCCCCUCCUCCUCUGCAUCAAACUCCCCCUCCUCCUCCUCCAGCCUCGCCAGCCCCUCCUCCAUGUCCCCACAGAGUCCUCUGGACAAGCUCGCCAUACUCAUAGAGAGUCAGUCCAGUAACAACAUGCAGAAACACAAGUCCUCGUCCUCCUUCACACCGUUCAUCGACCCACGUCUCCUUCAGGUGUCUCCGUCCACUGGCAGCGCCCUCAACAAUGUCGCCCCUCCCUUUGACCUUUCAGGCUACGCCAAUGACGCCCGGCUGGCGGAGGCGCUGAGGGCCGACCCGUCUCGGAAAGGCUCGGUGGUCAACGUCAACCCGGUCAACACUCGCCCGCAGAGCGACACGCCGGAGAUCCGCAAAUACAAGAAGAGGUUUAACUCUGAGAUCCUGUGUGCUGCCCUCUGGGGUGUGAACCUGCUGGUGGGAACAGAGAGUGGUCUGAUGCUGCUCGAUCGCAGCGGUCAGGGAAAAGUUUAUCCUCUGAUCAAUCGACGGCGCUUCCAACAGAUGGACGUCCUGGAGGGACUCAAUGUCCUGGUCACUAUAUCAGGUAAGAAGAACAAGCUGCGUGUUUACUACCUGUCCUGGCUCAGGAACAAGAUCCUACACAACGACCCCGAGGUGGAGAAGAAACAGGGCUGGACCACGGUGGGAGACCUGGAGGGCUGUGUCCACUACAACGUCGUGAAAUACGAGAGGAUCAAGUUCCUGGUUCUGGCUCUGAAGAACUCGGUGGAGGUUUACGCCUGGGCACCGAAGCCGUAUCACAAGUUCAUGGCCUUUAAGUCUUUCGGGGACCUGGUGCACAGACCUUUACUGGUGGACCUGACCGUGGAGGAGGGUCAGAGGUUAAAGGUCAUCUACGGCUCGUGCUCAGGCUUCCACGCCGUGGACGUCGACUCGGGCGCCGUCUACGACAUCUACCUGCCCACUCACAUCCAGACGAGCAUUCAGCCGCACGCCAUCAUCAUCCUCCCCAACACGGACGGCAUCGAGCUGCUCGUCUGCUACGAGGACGAGGGCGUUUACGUCAACACGUACGGACGCAUCACCAAAGACGUGGUGCUGCAGUGGGGGGAGAUGCCCACCUCAGUUGCCUACAUCCGCUCCAACCAGAUCAUGGGCUGGGGGGAAAAGGCCAUCGAGAUCCGCUCUGUGGAGACGGGACAUCUGGACGGAGUCUUCAUGCACAAGAGAGCGCAGAGACUCAAGUUCCUCUGUGAAAGAAAUGACAAGGUUUUCUUCGCCUCGGUUCGCUCCGGAGGCUCCAGCCAGGUUUACUUCAUGACUCUGGGCCGAAGCAACCUGCUCAGCUGGUAGACGUCCACGCCCUCUUCCUCCUCUUCCUCAUCGUCCUCCACCCUCGCUAACACUGGAUCCCCCAGAAUCCCCACCGUCGACGUCUUCUCGACCAAAAAAAGAGAGCAACAGCCUUUUCCAGAACCUCCACUUCCUCCUCCUUCUUCUUCUCCUCCUUCUUCUUCUUCUUCUUCUUCAGAGCAGACGACGACGAAUCGACGGCUCCGCCUCCUCCGCGUGGAACUGCUGCUGCGUUCUGCGUAUACGUUUAAAAUCAGCGAUUAAUUAAUAAAUAUAUGAAAGGAAGUUAAAAAAAAUCAAUGUGAAUGACGAGGGUUUGUUCCCCUCUGGUUUUUUCUCGGUGCUCAUCAUGGGAUGGAUUUUUGUACCUCUGCGUUCUUUUUCUCGCCCCCGGUCAGUAAAUUUGAGGCUAGUACAACUAUUACUGCUACUGCGGCGUCAACGACGACCACUGCCCUCUGCAGGCCGGCCUCUGCUUCCUCCUCUGCUCUCGCCGCAGUUUACUUCUCACGUAAGAGGGCGGAGUCUGUCGCGUUAGCGCUACAGUCGUGGGCGUACACUUCUGUUUGGUCCGAUCACGGGACGUGAGAAGCGGUAAAAACCUUGGUUUUUUUCCGUGACGUAGGUUUUACUGUAAGUUCAAUUGAUUGUCGGGAUUCAAUCGGAGGAAGUCGCGUUUAUGUGCAAACAUAAAAAAAUUGUCGGAUUGACGGAGAGAGAGAGAGAGAGAGAGAGAGAUGUGGAAGCUGAUAGUAUUUUUCAAAUUAUAUAACUAUUGUUAUUAUUAUUCCUUGAAAAUAAGUGUAACUCUGUGUCUUUUCUUUUUUUUACACUCCACAGUCGUCCACGGUUUGCUUGCUUCUGACUCGAGUGUGAGGUGUUUGUGUAGAAGAAGAAAGUGACGUGGGGUCAGGUGUGGUCCAAAAAAAAAAAAAGAUUAAAAUAUAUGAAUAAAAUAACUAAAAACAUGUAUAUGUACAAUAAUAAGAAUUAAUUUAAGCUUCCAAAUAGCGUUGGUGGUCGUGUUUUUCCCCUCACUGGCGAGCUUAACCUCCUCCCCUGUAGGGGGCGGUAACUCCGGGCUGUGAAAUAGUCGGAUAUGGAAAUAAAAGAGGGUUCGGUGUCGGACGAGUUGUUGCGCGGAGGCUUCCGGUCGCUCUUAACUUCCACGUCAUUGUUUUCCCGAUCACGUCGUUUAUUUGCAGCCGCGACGACCGCGCGACUCAAGUGUCACGAAUGUAGAAAAAGACGAUAUAACUGUGUGAUGGUCCAAGGCAUGAGACGAUGUGUUUGCUUUUGUAAACGUUUGUCGCGAGUGGUCGAUUCCUUAGGUGUUCAAAUUAUUUUCUUUUUUUUGUGAGACGAGCGGCAGCAGGUGUAGAUAUUUACCCGGUGAUGUGGGCGGGGUUUUUGAUUUUCUGCAACCUUCCUUCUUUUUUUCUUUUUUUUUUUCCUGCAGCUGAGAAUCUGUGAUGAAGCGAAACUAAAGGACACCACGUUAAAUCUGAACACUCUGGAUUUCUGUGUUUCUGUCAUAAAAACAGAAAAUUCAACUUCCUCCUCCAGCUGUUUUAUUUAAGUUGUUUGUAUAUGUGAAAGACUGACUCCUUCGUUGCUCCGUGAGCCGCAGUUUUCCUCCGUUUCCAUGACGAUUGCACAUUGUUCACUGACAGAGACGCGAGUCGUGUUUUGAUGCUUCAGAGAAACUCUGAUCGGAGCCAAUUCUCCAAAAAUGUGGUUGUUCAUUUCGGGGUCGACCGAUGGUUGGAUUUUACCGAUGCAGUCGUUCACAGAAGCGCGAUGUAAUUCCUAGCCGUAGACAUGUUGCUACGCUGUUUGUGUGCACAAAAAUACCACGUAGAAUGCUGUUAUUGACUGACAUUGCUAACAAUUGCUAACCCAGGACUUGUGCGAUCAAGUAAAUCUAUCGUACACUAAGUACCGUCUAAUUUUUAUCCGUGGUACGUGUUACUACGCUGUUUGUGUUCGCAAAAUACCACGUAGACAAAAUUUGUGUGCAGUAGCUGGUGUUUGACCAGAGAGGGCAGUAGAUGCAUCGAUUAUUAUAGCAACACGUACAUUUUCAACUCUUGACACUAAACUGUAAAGGUUAGCUUCUGAAUCCUGAAUCGGUUUUUACUGUAAUCGCAUAUCAAUUACAAAUUUCCGUUAUUGGCAUCGAUAUCGGCCCCUAAACGCCAAUAUUGGUCGACCCCUUUCAUUAAUGAGCUUAAGCGUUACGUCCAUAUGGGACAAAAAAAAUUAUCGGCAAAACACGUAAAAACACACAUUGUCAUGAUUAAAAACCACUACUUGGAUUUUUUUGUUUUCUUUUUCUUCAAAAUAAAAUCAAGAAAAAAAGAAAAAUGAAUCACUUGAAGAAUUUUAUUGUAUUUUAAAGGUUGGGUUUUUUUUUUUUUAGAUCUAGUCGAAGCCGCUUAACUCUUAGUUCGUGUAAGUCUUGGUAAAUAUGCGACUGCGGUGGUUUUAAUGUUAUUCCGCUCACCGUCGGUGGAGA